AUUUAUCGAUUUUAAAAAUUCCGCACGGGGUACCGGGGGCGAGGGUUGGUGCGGGACGGAGCCGUGCUGCCCUGGCGUGGCUGCGGCGGGGGGAGCUGAUUUUUUUCCGGCGGCGGGGUGUGUGUGGAGUGUGGUGUGGAAUGUUGCGGCAGCCCUCGUCUGCCCGCUCCGCUGGCGGACAAUAGGCUCGGCGCCCGCCGCCCGCCGCCCGCUCCCGCACCAUUGCAUGUAAGAGACCGUUGAUGCCAUCAUGUCAAAAAGACCUUCCUAUGCACCGCCUCCUGCCCCUGCUCCCACCACACAAAUGCCCAGCACCCCAGGGUUUGUGGGAUACAAUCCAUACAGUCAUCUGGCCUACAACAACUACAGGCUGGGAGGGAACCCAGGCACCAACAGCCGGGUCACGGAUUCUUGUGGCCCUUCGGCCCCAUUCCACAACGGAACUCCUCGUGCUUCCAGUAUUAUCGGCAGGGAGAAGACAUCUUCGGGCAUCACCAUUCCAAAGCCCCCAAAGCCUCCAGACAAGCCCUUGAUGCCCUACAUGCGCUACAGCAGAAAGGUAUGGGACCAGGUUAAGGCCUCCAAUCCUGAUCUGAAGCUGUGGGAAAUAGGGAAAAUCAUCGGUGGAAUGUGGCGGGAUCUCACAGAUGAGGAAAAGCAGGAGUAUCUGAAUGACUAUGAAGCAGAGAAGGUUGAGUAUAAUGAAGCCAUGAAAGCAUAUCACAGCUCUCCUGCCUAUCUUGCCUACAUCAAUGCAAAAAGCCGGGCAGAGGCAGCCCUUGAGGAGGAGAGUCGCCAGCGUCAGUCAAGGAUGGAGAAAGGGGAGCCUUACAUGAGCAUCCAACCAGCUGAGGACCCUGAUGAUUAUGAUGAUGGCUUUUCAAUGAAGCACAUUUCUGCGGCCCGCUUCCAGAGGAACCAUCGUUUGAUAAGUGAGAUUCUGAGUGAGAGCGUAGUUCCAGAUGUCCGUUCUGUGGUGACAACAGCGCGAAUGCAGGUUCUGAAACGGCAGGUGCAGUCACUGAUGGUUCACCAGCGGAAAUUGGAAGCAGAGCUCCUUCAGAUUGAGGAUCGCCACCAAGACAAGAAGAGGAAAUUCCUUGAAACCACAGAGUCAUUUAAUAAUGAGCUGAAACGGUUAUGCAAUUUGAAGGUGGAGGUCGACAUGGAGAAAAUUGCAGCUGAAAUUGCGCAGGCUGAAGAGCAGGCCCGCAAGCGCCAGGAGGAGAGGGAAAAGGAGGCCGAGCAUGCAGAUCAACGCCAGAGCAAUACACCCGAGGAGCCCCCGAGCAGCAGUGAGGCCGAAGAAUCCAAAGUGGAGGAAACACCCAUGGACAUAGAUGAACCACGUAAUGAUGAAACAUCAGAAACCCAACAGAGUAGUGAAGAGAGCACGGCGACUCCAGAAGACAAAGAGGGCUGUCCGGACACAACAGAUAGCAGUGUGGAGCAGGGAGCAAGCGAGAGUACCUCUGGCACAGAGAGUAACAGUGCCAUGGCUGAGGAAGGUCUACCAGAGCCCACGCUAGAGAGCGAAGAAAAGAAAGAAUGAUUUCAACAAAUACAAACUUUUCAUUCCAGUUAGUUGUAAUACUUUAUUAGAAUUGUACUUUUUUAACUUCUCUCUGUUUAUGUUAGAAGGAUUUUGUUUUUACACUUGUAGAGAUGCUAGCACAAUGAAUUCCUUCUGCACAAGCUCCAACGCCAUUACCCUUUUGAGAUUGUGGUUCAGAAUGGUGAAUGCAUUACAAAAGGGUGGAAGGAAAUGUACAAAAACUUGAAAGUACUGUAUGCUAUGGUUAAACCAGGGUGCUUGUCUCUUGGUCCCUAUAAAGGAAUAUUUAUUUUCCUCAUUAAAUAACAUGUACUUGAACUACACUGUCAGGUACAUAGGUUGAAGCUGUUGGCUUUAAUAAUUAUCUCUAAUUUUCAGUGAACUUGAUUUCUAUGUAUUUUUACUGUGUUUUAAGAAGCUUUUCAAAGGUCAAAAGCAAAGUUUUUCCGGUAAGGCUGCCCCCAUCACCGACUGUUUACUGUGCAAGUGCUCUCUGGACCACAUUUACCAUUUCCUUGUGAUCUUUUUCUCCAUUGCCAGUGCACAGUGCACACAUUAAAUUCUGGUAGUGCACAUCUUCCUAGAAUUGGUUUUGUUGCUAUUGGGUCUCGGUUAAUAUAGCAUUUGUCCCAGAGGUGGCUGUAAGUUCACUUAACGCAUGAGUUCAGUCAGUGCUCUAUUGUUGCAUCUUUCUUGAGUCAUUUAAUCUUGCAGUACCCUGUAAUAAAAUUAAGAGCCUCAAGAGUUAUUGAAGUGGAUAAGUUACUGGUGUAAAGCUGCAGGUUCCUGCCUCCCUAGCUGCUGAUGGGUAAACUAACAUUGUCAUAAUGUAAACAGAAAUGUUGGAAAAACUUGGGACAUCAGCCCCGCCUAUUGGAGAGAAAAAUAGAGGCAGUUGUUUCCAGUUGAUAAUCUUUCACUGGUGGUUAAUCUGAAACAUUGACUAGUGUUUCUCUCACCACAGAUGCUCCUGACCUACUGAGUGUUUCCAGCAUUUUCUGUUUUUAUUUCAUAUUUUGAGCCUCUGCAGUAUUUUGCUUUUCAAUAAUAUUGUCACAAGAUGGUCAAAGCCAUGGAGCUGUCAAAUGCUGUAGUUUGGUGCCACAUGAAAUUGUUUUGCGACAACCUCCCCCUCUAAGGGCCAGAAGUGUAGUUGAUGUUUUGUUGUGUCUCUGGAAGAUAGGACAUGCAAGCAGGGAUCACGGCACGGGUGGUUUCCCAUCUGAUUGGCAUCACUCUUUGGUGUCUUGUACUGUAGUAUACUGCAUUACCUUUUUUAAAAAAAAAUCACACCUCAAUAAAGGAGAAGCUCAGUGUAA